GUGCAAGCAAAGCAGUCGUCGUCUUCUGUGUAAGAAAUAUCUUAUCUUAGGUGUGCAGACCGAAGUCUAGAGUAUCUUCAAGCUUCAACUUCUUAGCUAUGUCGGCCGAUGAUUCUUCAAAUGCUACAGAUAUCGACGCGAAGCUCGGCUCCGAUUCAAACCUUAACUCUGGCGGUGACGAUGCGGCGGAUAAUGAUUCAUCAAAGGCAUUGACUAUUCCUGCUCCCGCCGUUUGUCUUGUCCGGUUCGCCGGAGAUGCAGCUGGUGGUGCCGUCAUGGGCUCUAUCUUUGGAUAUGGUUCAGGAUUGUUCAAGAAGAAAGGCUUUAAAGGAUCAUUUGCAGAUGCAGGGCAGUCUGCAAAGACUUUUGCAGUUUUGUCCGGAGUACACAGUUUGGUCGUUUGCCUUCUGAAGCAACUGCGAGGGAAAGAUGACGCCAUUAAUGUUGGAGUUGCUGGGUGCUGCACCGGUCUUGCUCUUAGUUUCCCUGGUGCUCCACAGGCUCUUCUACAGAGUUGCCUCACUUUUGGGGCUUUCUCUUUUAUCCUUGAGGGACUAAACAAAAGACAAACAGCCUUGGCUCACUCUGUCUCCUUAAGACACCAAACCGGAAACUUUGGAGAUCAUCAACAACGUCCUUUACAACUCUCCCUGGCUCUCCCAAUCCAUGAAGAAAUCAAAGGAGCCUUCUCUUCUUUCUGCAAGUCCUUAACUAAACCCAAGAAGAUCUAAUUUCGCCAUGAUUAUCCUUUUCUUGUUCCUUAUGUUCUCUCUGUAGAUUCUUAAUGAUUCCCUGCUUUUGCUGUACUUUGUGAGAGAAUAUAUUUUAUGAAAAAUCUUUUGAUAUACUUUUUGUACCGUUUGCUCUAAUAAUCCGAUCUUUUGUUCUAAA